GAGAUACAAAUAUCUGGAAGAGGACUUUGCAUCGUAUCCUGCUGGCGUGUGUAGAACUGCCACCAGCUCCUGAGCAUGGGCCUGAUGGAACUGCUGUCCUCCAACGCACGGGUGUCUUGGCUGGUGAUGGAAUCGCAGGAAUGGAAAGUCCUCUUGUGCAAGAACUGUGAGCUCCCACGGGGCAAACCCAGGAUCUGCCUCUUGAGCACCCACGCCCAGUCAGCCUUGCGGUUUCUUUAUCAUUAAGGGAUUAAGGGCAGUUAUUAGGACAAGCCAGAGAUCAGAUGUGAGGUGGCAGAGCCCGGUUGAAACUUUGCUCCAAAAAGUGCCAUCACCGCUGUCCUGUGAGCCCCCGGCACGGCCCUGCCCCGAGGGCCGGAGCGGGAGAGCUGCGCUCCGCCCCGGGGCGGACCCGGCGCGGGCGGGGAGCUGCUCACACCCUGCAUCGCACGCAGCGAAACGGGAGCGGGCGGCGGCGGCGGCAGAAGCAGCGGUGGCAGGAUGGGGCUGGAGCUGUACCUGGACCUGCUCUCGCAGCCCUGCCGGGCGCUCUACAUCUUCGCCCGGAGCAACAACAUCCCCUUCGAGUUCAAGCGGGUGCAGCUGAUGAAGGGGCAGCACAAGACGGAGGAGUUCCGGAAGGUGAAUGUCCUGAUGAAGGUGCCUGCACUAAGGGAUGGUUCUUUCACCUUAGCAGAGAGCAUUGCAAUCCUCCUGUACCUCGCCCAGAAAUUCAAGACUCCUGAUCACUGGUACCCAUCUGACCUGCAGAAAAGGGCGAGGGUUGAUGAGUACCUGUCAUGGCAGCACGCCAACAUCCGUGCGAAGGGGAGCAAGGUGUUCCUAUCGAAGGUGCUGCUGCCUAUCCUCACAGGCCAGCCACUUUCUGCAGAGAAACUGGAAUUUCUUAUUGAGGACCUCAAUGUUGUCCUAAAGCAGUUUGAAGAGAAGUUCUUGCAGGACAAGCCCUUCAUCGCAGGCAGCGAGAUCUCCCUGGCAGACCUCGUAGCACUGGUGGAGCUCAUGCAGCCUGUAGGUGCUGGCUACAACCUCUUUGAGGAGAGGCCAAAGUUGGCGGAGUGGCGCAGGCGGGUGGAAGAAGCUGUGGGGAAGGAGCUCUUCCAGGAAGCCCAUGAAGGGAUCAUGAACAUUAAGAACUUAACCGCUGAUCAGUUUGCACCUGAACUGCUGGAGAGUUUCAAGCAGCAGCUCCUAAAGCAGCACCACUGGAUCUGCUUGAGGACUGAGGUGAUUCAGUCUGUGUGGAAACGGGGGCCAGUCAGAGCUGCCUUCUCCAUCUCUGUUCAGAGUUUUCCAGACAAGAGCAAAGGUUUCCUGAGGGAAAGAGGCAGUUCAGGACCCAGUCCCUGCUGGGAACACUGCCAGGGCUCUUAGAGCACCUGGCCACUAGAUGCUGCUGCAUCAUCUGUGGGAGCAAAGGGACAGUGCCCAGGAGCAGGGAGCUGUGUGGGUAUCCAAGGGAGGCCUCCAGCUUCUGGGAAGGAUGGGGUUAGUCCUGUCAAUAAAAUUCCUUGACCACAGACUCAUAUCACACUCUACAAAGAACAUCCUGCACAGUGGUGAAAAGCUGCUUUUCUUGGUCAAGCUGCUGCCAACCACACAGUCCCCACUGUAAACCACACCACUGCUCGCUCUGUUUUCCCACAGUGGCUUUGUCAGCUCCACAGAAGCCACUUAGGCCAGGCUGUGUGCACUGACAGGGGCUGUGGUGGCUGGGCCAGCACUGAGGGCAGUGGGAGCUGUGCUGGCCAGCCCUGGGUGAGCAGAGCAUUCAGUAUAAGAGCUGAGUAAUGCCUCAAAUACAGUUAAUGUUCCACUACUCUUUUGUCUCAUCAGGUCCCCUAGUAAGGUUAAUGGUUACAUUUGCCAAGUGGUGUAGCUCUGUUUGGAUUUGUAAACAGGAUUUGGAAGGAAGUGGACAUUGAGUCAUCCUGCACACCUGUGCAGCAUCCUUUACAACCUCUUGCCUGUGCACCUUCAUGUCCCUCCUGCCUUCCUGUCCUCCUGUCCUGUGACCUUCCAUUUCCAGGUACAGGCUUCCACAAGGAGGGUUCCAGUUUGCAGAAUUGUUUUUUCCCGCCUCCUGGUUCAGCUCUGGCUGUACCUGGAAGUCUGUCUGUGCUGGCUGGUUACACUAUUCACAGAGACAGCCCUGCAGAAUGCUGGGGGUGAGAUGUCAGCCAUCUGAAUGCAAGUCAUGACAGUGCUCAGAAAAGGUGCAAUUAGCUGCUCAAACAAUCUCACGCAUGUUUUCAGUUGGACCUACUGUUUUUGGGGAAUGAGCCAGCUCCCUCUUCUGUGUUUGUCUCCUGAGUAAACCUGCCCUUUAGUUCAAAAGGGCACGUGAACUACAGCUUGCAACACACAUGCCUGUGGGCUGAGCUAUAGCAGCCAAGCAGGCCAGUCCCUUUACCUUCCGUUCCUCCAGCCUACGGGAAAUCCUAAAUGUGAGUGGUGAAAAGUCAGCUUUUCCCCCAGACUUUUUCAGUUUCAGUGCUGACACAUGCAGGGAUAUUUGUCUUCUGACCUGAUUUUUUAUGGUAGGUUUGUUGAGAAGAGCCUGUUGCAUGCCAAUGGGUAAAGUCAAUGACAGGAGCUCUCUUCUUGCCCCAAGGGUGCCUAAGCAGCAACCCCUGACGAUGCUGCCCCACUGCUCAAGUUGCCAGCAGUGCUGAGCCUCAAGAGAACGGCCUGUUUACGUUGUACCACCAACCACUUCCUUCCCUCUGUAACCUGCAGCUUUACCACAAUCACCAGCUGGGCUGCUGUGCACCCUGCAAUCAAAGAGGUGCCUUUGCUGCCUCACCAAGGCUGCCCAGCCUCGCUGCACUCUGCUGUUGGCACCUUUGUACUUACCCUAACUUCAAGAUUCCUGACUUCCAACUUUUCCCUUUC